CCGUGGACUCUUUACUAAUGAAAUGAAACAGUAAAAAGUAAAAUCAUUUCAACCAGACAGGCUUCUUUCAUUUUCCACCUUUUUCUGCACAUUAUUUGACAUCCUCCACAGCUACCCAACAAUACACAAACCAAAAAAUAACAAAAAGAGAAAUAAAUAACAAAGAACAUAGACUGAUCAGAUUUCUGGGGUUGAUUCUUUCUCAACCCUUAGGAAUCUGAUCUUUCAUACUAUUCACAUUACUAUCAUUUUUUCCCAUAUACAUAAAGAAACCUAAAAAAAAAAAAAAAUGGUUCGUGUAAGCAACUUCUUGAUCUCAUUUGUGAACGUGUUAACCUUUAUGGUUGCAAUUAUGGCCUUAGGAUUUGGCCUUUGGUUUAAAGCAGAUGAAGGCAAAAGCCUCUGUCAAAAAUCAUUAUACAUGCCUUUAAUAAUAUUUGGGGGGUCACUUUUAGUGCUUUCAUUAAUGGGAUUAAUUGGAUCUUGUUGUAGGGCCUCAUUUUUCUUGUGGAUAUAUUUGUUUUUUCUGUUUUUGUUAAUUGUGGGGAUGAUUUGUUUAUCUGUUUUCACCAUUUUGGUUACUAAUAAGGGAGUGGGAAAGGCUUUGUCUGGUAAAGGAGGAAAUGAAGCUAAAUUUGGAGAUUGGCAGAAUUGGUUGGAGAAACAUGUUGUGGAUGACAAACAUUGGGCAGAAAUUAAGAGUUGUAUGGCUACUUUCAAAUAUUGUCAAAUGAUUCCUCGUGGCAAAUCCGCUGAUUUUUACAAAUAUAGCCUCUCCACUGCUCAGUCGAGUUGUUGUAAACCACCUACUUACUGCGGCUUUGAGUUCACAAAUGCAACAUACUGGACUAUGCCGAAAGCAGGACCAGCCGUGCCAGACAGUGACUGCAAGACUUGGAGCAAUACACAGAACGAGCUCUGCUUCAAUUGUCAAUCAUGCAAGGCCUCAUACAUUGAUACUAUCCAGAAAAAUUGGAACAAAAUGACACUUUUAAACUUUUGUAUAUUUGUUUUUAUCAUCAUCAUUUACUCUGUUGGUUGCUGUGCUUUGAGGAACAACAGAUCAAAGGGAUACUCCUACAAACCCUACCCAUAAUUUAUUUUCUAAGUGAUAAGAAGGAGCUUAAUUAUUAUUUGGCUUGGCUAACUAUGACAUUAAUGCUGCAUUUUUGUUAAUUUGUGAGAAGGACUUGAGUACCACUUUGUUAAACAUUUUGUAAAUUCCAAUUUGUAUUGAUUUGUAAAUUUUGGAAUGUUAUUCAAUCUUCACUUUUGUACUGA